CAUAGAUAUAUUUAGAACAUGUAACCAACUAUAAAUUUUUGUUUAAACGUCCUGUCCAAUGCCAAUUUCAGAGCUAUUGUGCUGGUUAGGUGGCCAUAAUUUAUUGGGGAAUGAUUAACCAAACAGAAGCACUGAUAUUAGAAUAACAGUCAACAUGGGUGCAGUGAAAAGCAGGUUUUUAGAGUUGAUAAAUAGAGGAGAAAUGGAAACAUACAUGUAUGGGUCAAAGCACCAUCUUAUUGAUACAGCCUCAUUAUCAACAUGCCAACAACCACGAGAAGUGAUCAAAAUGACUAUCACAAAAACUGAACUUGCUACUGUUCCGGAUUCCAUUGGCCGCUUUGUUAAUGUUACAAAACUUGAUCUUUCAAAUAAUUUGGUAGAUUUUAUACCAUGGUCAAUUGUUUGUUUAAAACAAUUAGAAGUGUUAAAUUUAUCACAUAACAAGUUAAAAGCACUUCCGUCGACUAUGUUUCGUAUUCAGGGUACAUUUCCAAGACUGACUAUCAUAGAUUUGAGUUAUAACUUGUUUGAAAGACUACCUACAGAACUUCUUGUGUUUGAGAACAAAUUGAAAACACUGAAAAUACUGAAUGUUGAAGGGAAUGUUGGUUUAGUAGCCCCACCAUUAGAUUUGUGUAUGCAAGGAAUAGAAACUAUAUAUGCCUCACUCAGAAAACGUCAAAAUAGGACAGAUGAAUGGGCACGAUGGAAACCAUAUUAUGAAGACAAUUUUACACGUUUGAAACCAUUGAUUGAAAUAUGCAUUGAAACCAUCAUUGAUUCCAAGAUUGAUUAUUUGUCUGCUACAAGUGUGCCACCAAUCAUUAAAAAAUUCUUAACUUCAGCAGAAAAAUUCCAAGAGAUGUUGGGACCCAAUGUAAUGAAAUGCAGUACAUGCAAAAGAUAUUUCACUAAAGAGGCAGUGUUUGACAAUCAUGUGUGUUUUAAAGAGAAAAGAAUACAACAAAGAAGAUGAGACAAUAUUGUAUGGAAACUUGACCUGAAAGUAUAGAAUUAGUGUUGUCAAUACCAAUACUCAGUGUUUUAGGCAGAUCAAUGUAAUACUAUGUACCUCUCCUAUAUAUUGAUGUCUUUCAGAGUUAUUAUCUGAUUGAAAUUCACACAUGGAAGGGUUGUCAGACUCCAAUCUUAAUUGACUAGCAAUGCCAGUUAUCUGCCUUAGGUUGAUUGUUCCAGUGGCGGAUACAAGGAGAGGCAGGGGGUGGGGGUGGUGGUGUUCCAGGGGUUGGAACCCCCCUUUUUUAAAUGGCUGAAUCCGCCCUUUGUUCUCUCAGGAAUGUACUUUAAAAUUUUAAAUCAUUCUAAUCAUUCACCGACUUCUAUAUAUUUUGUAAUUCAUUUGAUUGUAUAGCUCAAAUUUUGGGCACUAUGAUUGAUUAAUAAAAUAUCCUGUACCUUAGUGAGGGCACUCACAUACCCCAUGUACCCACAUUGUCAUUGGAGAAAUUAGAUA